UUAUCGAAAGAUGUUGUCUAUCAACAGUUUCCAUUGUUACAUCGACAAGAUCCAUUCUUCCAACGAUUUACGGUUCGUCUGAACGGUACGAAUCCUCGUUGGGGUUUUCUGGAAAUGUACAACGAUACAACUGGAGAGUAUGUUCCGUCAUGCGAUCAAGAAUUCACUAUUCGUAAUGCACAGGUAGUCACUAUCACACAUUCGGUCGAAUGGUCACUUUGA